AUGUCUGCAAAGGAGGUGUCAGAGAAAGGUUCAGUUACGACCACAGAUGACUUUAACACGCCUGAAGAUAAGAAGCUUGUGAGGAAGAUUGAUUUUCGCUUAAUCCCAAUCUUAACUCUGCUGUACCUCCUCAGCUUUCUUGACCGAUCGAACAUAGGCAAUGCAAAGAUCGUUGGUCUAACCGAGGACCUCGGUGUAUCUCCGCCAGAAUACAAUACAGCGUUGGCGCUAUACUUCGUAGCCUAUGUCAUCUUUGAGGUUCCAGCCAACGUCUGGCUGCCAACACUCACCCUCUUCUGGGGAAUUGUCAGCGUCUGCCAGGGACUAAUUACCGAUAAAGCCGGUCUCUUUGGCAUUCGAUUCCUUCUUGGGGUUGCUGAAGCGGGUUUGUUUCCUGGUGUAAUAUACGUCUUCUCGGUUUACUACCGCCGGCAUGAACGAAGCUGGAGAGUAGCGAUUUUCUUUGGAGGUGCUGCUGUUGCAGGAGCUUUUGGAGGCGUUCUAGCGUACGCUAUUGGCAAGAUGGACGGAGUUGGCGGCCGUCGAGGCUGGGAAUGGAUAUUCAUUCUAGAAGGUAUAUUAACCGUGGCGGUUGCCUUGUUCGCAUACUUCGUUGUGCCUACAUGGUCCCAUAAAGCCAAAUUCCUAUCGCCAUCAGAGAAAGAAAGGCUAUUCCAACGGCUUAAUGCUGACUCGGACGCUGCCCUCAUCGAACGCUUUGAAUGGGUCUACGUUCGUCAAGCUCUGACUGACCACCUUGUCUGGGCAUAUGCACUCCUCUUCCAUGGCUUCGCCUUCGUAUUGUAUUCCCUAAGUUUGUUUUUGCCAACCAUCAUCGCAGGACUUGGUUUCCAAAGCUGGCAAGCUCAACUGAUGACAGUCCCGCCUAACAGUCUCGCGGCUGCCACGAUCUGGGCCACCGUAUGGCUGUCAUCGAAGGUCAAUCGGAGAGCACCCUUUAUCAUCGCCUCGGCUGCUGUGGCUAUUCUCGGGUAUAUCAUCUUGUUAACAACAAAGACGGCUGCAGCGCAGUAUGUCGGAGUGCAUUUUGCCGCUGCUGGGGUCUAUACAGGCAACGCCCUUCUUCUUAGUUGGCCUGGAGAGAAUGUGUCUGCACAAACGAAGCGCGCAGUGGCAGUUGCCAUGCAAAUUACCAUAGGAGACAUCGGAGCAAUUGCAGGUGUACUCAUAUACCGUCCCAAUCUGUCUGCGCACCACUUCCGUAUACCCCAUAUCAUCGCAAUCGGCUAUCUCCUCUUCUCCGUGCUCGUCACGAUCUAUCUUUAUAAGGAGGUUGACGACUCGUUGUUCACACCGGAGGAGAGGCAGAGGCUGGGCGAUAGGCAUCCGUCGUACAGGUACGUCAUUUAG